GCUGUAAACCAGACGAGCGACGUUAGUUUUUAUUUGAUCACUUGGUGGCGCUAUACAACUUUACCGGUUGGCUAGAUAUCGAGAAAAACUAGAAUACGGCUAUUUUGGUCAGUGAUUUGUCAACAAUUAACGGCCACACACCUUCCCUCAACAUGGGAUUGUUGACAAUUUUGAAGAAGAUGAAACAGAAGGAAAAGGAAGUUCGACUUCUAAUGCUUGGACUGGACAAUGCUGGCAAGACAACAAUUCUAAAGAAAUUCAACGGGGAAGACAUCAGUACGAUCUCUCCAACCCUCGGGUUCAACAUCAAAACAUUGGAGCACAGAGGCUUUAAGCUGAAUGUGUGGGAUGUUGGCGGCCAGAAGUCACUACGAUCGUACUGGAGGAACUACUUUGAGAGUACAGAUGGCUUGAUUUGGGUCGUUGACAGCGCUGAUAGGAGGAGACUAUUAGAUUGUAAACAGGAGCUUCAUUCCCUGCUUCUGGAAGAGAGAUUAGCGGGAGCUACUCUAUUAGUAUUUGCUAACAAACAGGAUUUACCCGGAUCCUUACCUGCAGAUGACAUUAGACAGACAUUAGAGCUUGAUGACAUCAAGACUCACCACUGGCUGAUAAUUGGCUGCAGUGCCGUCACCGGCGACAACUUACUUCAAGGUAUUGACUGGUUAGUGUCAGAUAUCGCAUCCAGGAUUUUUACCAUGGACUGAUGAUGGAUAUUAAAGCAGCUCAUUCAGUCUUCAGAGGGAUCCUUAAAUCCCACCACAGUUUGGGAUUGCAACAGAAUAAAGUGUGUGCUUACCGAGUCUGCUGGAACCCUAAGAGAUAUAGUUCAUAAGUUUGUCAGACCCGCCAAAAAUUAACUUGGAAUCCCAAACAAUAUUUGUCACAUCUGGAUAAUGAAUUCUGUUGGUAUGACAUUGUGCCACUUUUAAUAUAUCUGAGCUCUACACACUCGUCAAUAGUUUUUGGCUGUCUUACGGGAAUGCUUCCCAAUGAGUGCAGAGGUCUCACCCACUGAUAUCAUCCUGUAAGGGUGUGUCACUAGAUCAGUGGUAGUAAUCUGUGCCGGGGGGGGAUGGGGAUGACCAAAAUAUAAAAAGUGCCCUGCGAUGGAAAUUUGAAAAGCGGGAAGGGGGGGGGGGGGGCUGGACACCACAUUACACUAGGGGGCGCUCUUCAGGAUAUAGAUGUAUAUCAAUAUGUAUACUUGCACUUACAUCAAAAAGGCGCAUUUUCAAAGAUUUUGUACUUUGUUUCUCCACUUUUCAGUGCUAUUGAAUACAUUUGGUUGUUGGGAUGUUCAACAAAUAUCUCAAAAUCUAAAAAAAAUGGGGGCGAUGAUUCAAUAGCCCAUCCCCUAUUGGGAGGUAUAUGUACCUCCCUCCCCCCUCCGGGAUUUAGGCCCCUGCACUAGUCUCUUCUUGUUUUAACAGAAGGUUGUGAUUGGGAAUUCACCACAUAAAAGUACUAAUCCCAAACGAAAUGUGCGAGAACAACAGGUGUUUACUUGACGUUUCAGCUAGUAUGCUCUGGUCUCCUCAUAUAACAGUGGGAGCAUAUGGACUGAAACGUUAUACCUCUGGUUCUGCUCAGAAUCGCAAUUCUUGUCUACACUAAGCCGCUUAUUGUGGUAUUCAUUGUUUUCACAAACUUCUUGCAAUUUCACAAACUUCUUGCAAUUAAACUGCAUUUUGAAGGCACAAACCUCGGCUCAUCCACAAAUGCCUACACUUCAAGUCUGUCCUGUGAAUAUAUCUAGGCUGUGACAAUUUGUUUUUGAAUUUUAUUUAAACAAUAUGGAAAGAUUUGUAUUAUAAGUAUUUUUUUUUUAAUUUUAAGCCAAUGUUUUGAUUUUAAUAAAUGCCAAUCCACAUUGUACAAGUUAUAA